CUCCAUUCGUCCACGACCGACAGCUAUCUUCAGGUAGCAAUAGCGCCGGUCAAGACAACACAAGUUCGCGGGCCUGGAGCUCUAAACGUAUUAUCUUGUAUCCAUUUCCCGAGCUACCUUUAACCCCUCGCCCACAAUGUCGGACGAUCGCAUUUCAAUACUCUCCGAGUUCCUCGAAGGAGCUCCGCCAGGCGAGCUCGCAGAUGUCGUCGCCGACAUCAAGUCCAUAUCAUCCAGCGAUGCGAACGUUGUUUCAAAGCUCGCACCUGCAUUCGAGAGGUACAACGAGGAGCAAUUCACCACGGUGAAGCUGCCUGGAGGAAGUCAAAAGGUCAUCGUCAGCGCCCACAACUCGCUAGGAGACGGACGCUACUACGAUGUGGAGAGCUCAUCGAGCUUUGCCUUUGACCACGCAACCCAGAAAGCCAGUGCCGUUCAAAGCUAUGUACUGGAGAGCACACAUUUAGACCUGGUAAAAUCCACCUUGAAGAGCUUAGGUCCCUAUGUCAGCGAACAUUUCCCCAACGCCGCGUACGGUGUUUACCCCAUUGAGAGCGAUUCUAAGCUGGCCAUUAUAAUCGUGGCCAACAAGUACAGCCCGAAUAACUUCUGGAACGGGCGGUGGCGAUCUCUGUACACGAUUGACCCUGCAUCAGGAGCCCUCGAGGGUUCGAUCAAAGUCGAUGUGCAUUACUACGAGGACGGCAACGUUCGACUUCUGACGGACAAGGCCACGACUAUCACGAUACCCUCGGCCACUGGCAGUGGGAUCGUAAAGGAGAUUGGUAGCAGCGAGAAGAAGUAUCAGGAGGAACUAAACCGGGGCUUCACAGACCUCAGCGAAGGGGCUUUCAAGGGCCUCAGGAGGCAACUACCGGUAACCCGCCAGAAGAUCGAGUGGGACAAGGUCGCAAGUUAUCGGUUGGGGCAGGAUAUCGGUGGGGGCAGGCGUCAGGCAUAAGAUGUUCAACGAUGCUAAGAGAACGAAGGGGAGGGAAGAGGAGGGAUAAAACUCUGGAUUCCGGUGUCAUCGGUCUUGACUUGUCAUUCACUCGCGGGAUGCUCGGAGGUGGUAAGCUUUCUGUUGAUGGAAGCGUCUGGGAACGAGUGGGGGGAUCCACUCAUGGACGACUAUGUUGACCGUUCGGCAUUUACUACGUAUAUACUGCUAGCAAGUUGACUGAUGACUCGCAAAUGUGACGGAGUUAUUUUGAAAGGUUGGAGGUAGAAAUAAACCCAGCCUGAAGAGAUACGGACUUGGACAGCUCAAAUGACAUGGAAUGCCGACCAAUGUGACACGAAAAUGAUGAAAGUUCAUGUUAAAUACGGUCGGUAUACGAUCCAGAGUGAGUUUGGACGAGAAUUAGAGAUGUGUCAAUGCCUAUUGGACC